CUGCUCCUUAAGGAGACACGUCUGACACGUGGGUGAAUUACAUCACAGUGAAUUUAGCACGUACUUGCUGCGUUUGCUUCUUCUACCAUCACCAUCACCUAUCCGCUGCUGUUUCGUAAAAGGAAUUUCUUCAGGCUCCUUCGACGCGCGUUCUUCUGGCUGCGGUCACCCUCUCAUCCCCACUACGUCACUCAGGAAAUGUCCCUCAAGGGUAUCCUGUAUGCUUACAUUCUUGGAGGAUUGACAUUCAUUCCGUUGCUCCUUGCAUCUCUUGUACUUUUCACCAUCUACACCUCGGUUCCUGUAGGCGAUUUAGAUGUUUCCCAGAAACGCAAGAGCGUCAUGGAGGGGAGAUUACAGGACGAGGAGGAGGCUCCCGAAAUGACAGCUACAGCAAUAGGCGACAUCAAUGACUUGCCCAAGACUCGGAAGGGCUGGUUGACGAUGCGUAGGACGUUUGAACAGUCCGCCUUUGACGGGGGAUACGUGACACUUGUCCGGUCAUUCUUGGAUGCCAGAUCCAAGGACCCGAAGCGCUCCCGACCUAAGGACAUGUGGUAUGUUGUCUUGAAGGGGAAGAUCCUUUAUCUGUACGAGGACGAGGGCAUGACAGAAUGUGAAGCGGUGAUUCAACUGGGUGCCCACGACGUCACUAUCUAUCCAGAAGGCCUUUUGGAUGGUGAGCUGUUCGCGAAACGGAAUGCUAUUUGCCUCCAGCCCAAGGACUCUGAAGCAGAUAGUAUCAUGCCGAGCGUGACGAAAGCAAUGAAGUUGGAUGGAAACGAUGUAGGAAAGAAAUCGAAAGACACAGAGACGAGCACAAAGGCGGCGGAGACCAUGACAGACCCAGAAAAGCUGAAGACUGUCACUGCAAAGGAGGAAGCGGUCGAUUCAAAUACGCCUUGGUUCAUUUUCGUCCGGUCCAACGUCGAGAUGGAAGACUGGUAUCUGUCGCUAGUUCACGCAUCGGACCAUCCGGCACAGACACAUCAUCUUUCUCCACUUCAAGCCAUAUUCCUUCCAUCUGACAUGAACCUUCUCGUUACAACUCUCGAUGAACAGCCCGAUGUGAUUCCCAUGCGUUGGCUGAAUGCUCUGAUCGGUCGCAUAUUCUACAGCUUUUACAAGACGCACCUUCUUGAGGCUUUCAUCAUCGGGCGGCUUAUGAAGAAGUUGUCAAAGAUCAAAAGGCCCACAUUUCUCGCCGAUAUUGUGGUCACACAGGUGUCUGUGGGAAACACUGCGCCUACAUUCAGUAAACCUAUGCUCAAAGAACUCACCAAAGAGGGUGAUGCUUCUUUGGAGAUUCAUCUACUAUACAAGGGCGAAGUACGCCUCACCGUUGAAGCCACCGCGAAUAUCAACUUAGGCACAUUCAAGUCCUAUAAUGUCAAACUCGUACUGGCGGUCGUCUUGAAGGAGAUAGAGGGAAAUCUGCUGGUUAAAGUGAAGCGUCCACCAAGCAAUCGUAUAUGGUACGCCUUCACGCAGAUGCCCCGGAUGGUUUUGGAGGUCGAGCCCAUUGUCAGUGACCGUCAGAUUACAUGGAGCAUGAUUCUCAGCACCAUUGAGUCAAGACUCAAGGAGAUCAUCCAAGAAAGUGUCGUGCUUCCCAACAUGGAUGACAUCGCGUUCUUUGAAAGCCUAUCACAUCAACAUCGAGGCGGCAUUUGGCCAGACGCCCAGCGUGUCCCCGAUCAAUCCUCGAAAGAUACAGGCACAGAAAUCGACGUAGUUGAGGCAUCCACAGAAACCGAACCGCCACCAUUGAUUCAAAAGACGACGUCCCUUCAGGAACGGACAACAUCGUCGCCUGAGCCCUCGCAUAUAACAACCUCAUCAACGGAACCAGGUUUUACUGACGAAUCUUCUCAAUUAAAUCGACGGCGAACGUGGUUUUCGACUGUCCGGAACGACGAGAAGCUGCCGUCCAAUGAGUACGAAAACCCAACUUCGAAGGAUGGCGAUGAGACCCGUGGUCGUUCGGUAGAUGUUGGAAACAUAACCUCAACGAGGUCUCAUUCACCACCUGGUGAACCAGAUCACACAGAAGAUGGCUCCGAUGAUGGUACUAGCAGCCAGAAAACCUCACAGAGCCAUCUGUCAGUAAACGAUGGUCCGAGUCGUCGGUCAUCCUCGCGGACUUCGUCUAUCUCGGAUGAUCAAGGAAACAGACCACCCGUGUCCUUUCAAUCUUCUCAGGCUUCACGGUCGCAGGGGGACCAACCCCCUCCUUCUCCCGAACUCACUCGAACAUCUCCCGCAUCCCCCAGUACUUCUUCAUUCCUGUCUACAUUAAAGUCCAAGGCAGGAGAUAAACAAGCCCUCAGCAAUUCAGCAAAAGAAGCUAUGAGGAAGUGGAGCAUCAAUUGGGGCGGUCUACGUAAAGAAUCUAUGGGUACUACAGGGAGCAGUGACGAAAUGCCGGACCACGGACCUGUUGACUCUCAGGAAAGAGUCGCAAGUACCAGUAGCUUUUCACAUAAAGCUAGGACGAGCUAUGCGGAGGUCCGGGCGGCUGUAGCGGAGCGACUGAGGGGCGGCGAAGACUCCAGGUCGACGCAACUGUCUUCUAUACCAGAUGCCCUGUCUCGUACCCGGACGGUUUCAUCUUCAAUGCUUCCACUCGCCCAAUCUUCUCUUCGAAGAAAUCAUGAGUCCGAUAUAUCUGAUAGCAUUCUGCCGAUCGACGAUGCUCCUGAAAAUCCAAUACACGUCCAGCCCCAGGCAAAAACGAUGUCUAUCCCUGGGAUACAUGCUAGUCACAAGGGAAAUGUGAUGUCCAUGGGAUAUGUGGUCCCACCAGUAUCACCGCCGCCCGAGACUAAGAAGAAUCCGGUUCUUCGGCUGUGGAAGAGCCCAGUUCUGUCUGGUUCCACGGACAACACGGUUGUGAUAGCUCAUCCGGAAGGAAAUCAAAGCGUCGAGUCCCUUGAGCCUCCUCUAAAUAAUGUGUCUAUCCCUCGACCCCCUCCUCCUGCUCUACCCCCCCGACCCUCCGUUACGCGACCGCCAGUACAGCAUACUAGAGUGGCCUCUGAUCCUUCAGCACAGUCCGCAUCAGAUAGCCUCAAGUCUAUAGUAGACAAGGAGGAGAAACGGACUGGACGCCCUUCGAUAUCUGACCAGACUCCGCCCAUCUCUCCGCCCAACCCAGAUCCAAACGCUACUGAAACGUUACCAUUACCACGGAUUGAAGUUGCUUCUUCAUGACGACGUGAAUUUUUGAUAAUAAACGUAUCGGAUUUUACUCCUACUGUUAAUUAUUUUGGCACACAUUUGUAUAUUACGCAUACGCAUACUUGGUCGGUCGUUAUGAUAUUUAAAAUCCAACAAGCUCAGUUUCCACAUUGUGGGG